UGGAAUUGUGAGUUGGUUGUGGGUUUUGCUUUGUGGACUGGUUGUUGUGUUUUGCCGGACUCAAAACGGGUAUUGGCCACAAUUUUGGGUUCAGCUCAGUUACUUUGAACGUUUUAAGAUGAAAAGGUGCAAAUUCUCUCGUAUGCGGAGUUUUAUAUGCCGUCGCAUUUUUUUUUUGUAAAUGAUUUACAAGACGCGAGUUUGAAUUUCAAUAAAGUGUUCUGUGUUUUGUCUUUUUUUUUGUUCGCCUCCUUCAUCUUAAGAAAGUAACAAGUCAGUGGAAAUAAAAAAGAAGAAGAAAAAAAUAAAAAAAUAGUAAAAGAAAAGUAAAAAAGCCAGUAAAAAGAUAGAAUCACACAAAAGCAAUACCACAAAGAAAGAAGCAAGAAAAAAAUUGGUAAUAAUAUAGGUCACAAAAUGUAAAACAAAAAAUACAAAAACAAAAUAAAAAAUUGAAAAAAUUUAGAAAAAAAAAUAAAAAUUAAAGAAUCAAGAAUUACAAAGAGCAAAUAAGUGUAGUGAAUAAAAUUAAGAAAGAAUUGCCUAUAAAACAAAAUAAGAAUAAAAAAUAAGUAAAAUUACAAAAUUCUACAAAAAAGAGUGAAAACCAGGGGUUAAAUGCCCAUAAAGAUAAAAUACAUAUUUCCAUGAAUUCAUUGGAAAAUAAGGUGCUAAAUCGUUGUUUUUCUAUGUGGCCAUAAAAAAAUCCAAGUUCACAAAAAAAGCAACAAUAAUCAUUAAAAAAAUCAACAACAACAACAUACGCCUUAGAGGCCAAGGAGCCCCUCAUUAAAAGGCAGUCAUCAUUACAGCAUUUUCAACCCUCUCUUUCUCUUCGCUGAUCUCCUACCAAUCAUCAGCAGUAGCUGCCUAUCAUAAAAAAAUCCAUUUAAGACAAACAAUCUACCACAGUCUUCCAAAAAAAAAAAAAAAACAACCACUCUCUUUGCAUUCCCUUUAUUCAUUCAAAACAUUGAGGAGUAUUAAAGGAAUACAAAAAGAAAACAGGUGGAUAUUUUGGAAUAAUCAAACCACGUUUUGGGAGUCCAACAACAACAAAUAAAAAAAAAAAAAAUAAAUACAACAACAAUACCAAUAAACAAAAAUAGUGGUCUUCUAGUGGCCCAAGAGCCAAAGGAAAUAAAAAAAAAACAUCAUUUCACUUUGGUCGGUCCAGGUCAUUGGCCAAUCAUCGGAAGAGUGGUGACAAAUAUCAACACCAGUGUCCCUUGAUCUCAACAACGUCAUUAUCUCCAUCAUCAGAUUGUAAACACUAUCAUCAUCAUCGCCACCCCUUCUCCCAGUAUCUAGUGGUUGUGGAUUAUUUCACUUUUUAUUGUUGUCUUCAAUUUCAUCGAAACGGAGUGAAAGGAUAUUUGUUACAUUAUAUUUAAAUGGAUAAUGUUAAUUAAAUAUCAUUUUUGCCAACGAAUAAUUUAAUACUUUUGUUUUUAAAAUUUGCUUCACACAUGGAAUGGAAAACAUUGGUGGGAGUUUAACUGGAAGAGAAAAAACGCCAAAAUUAACUACUGCCAGAAAAUAACAGAGAAAAUCGUUUUAUUUUUCACUGGGUGCUAAAAAAGGAGAGAGCCAAAACAAAUAGCAAUAAAAAUAAAAAUAAUUAUUAAUUAAUAUAUGGAUUAAUCAUAAAACAAAAGAAAAACGUCAAAAUAAAAAAUACCUCUGUGACAAUUCAAUACUUGCCAGCCGAAAUAAUAAAAAAAUCGUCUAACCAACGACAAACGUAAUUGCCAGAAAAUAAAACAACAACAACCAAAUUCCAGAUAAGGUCUGCGCUCUCCCACUCUCUCUCUCUCUCCCUAUCACCGUUAGACCGUUAGACCUUUUCCAUUGCAACCAACUAACAAUUUACUCAAACUUUGUUGUUUUUUGCAUUUAACCAGUCGGGAUAGAUAACGCCUUUGAAAUUGUUUUGCCUUGUAUCGAGGUUAUGCGGAUCUGUCUUGAAAUUCAAAACGAAUUUUAAUAUCUAAAUUACGGAAAUUUUUUCCUUACCGUGGAAAUUAAAGAGAGUUUAAGGAAAAAUUAAAAAAAAAACAGAAAAUAUGGAGCAUUUGGAUUUAGCCGGUAUUAUGACAACGCCACCCCAAUGGAAUACUCCAGUAUUUGAUCAACAAGAUGCCAUAUAUCUAUCCUCCUCCCGCCAAAUGUUGGAACCCAUCAUGGAAGAGACCUCCGAGGAUGAGGAAUAUGCCUGGAAUCAAUACGAUUCCCAGUUGAGUGACAGCGGUGGGGGUGGAGGCGGUCGAGAAGAUUGCGAUGAUGGCGAGGAGGGUGGAGAAGAUCUCCACGAAAGCCUCUGCAGUGCCGGUAAUUGUGGCCGUAACACCAGCAGUUUUUAUAGUUCGGCAGAAUCGGACACAGGAUCAGUGAUACGAGUCGAAAUAAACAAAGAUAAUGACUCCAAUUCGGAACGAGAUAUUUUGUGUCCGGCCAAAAGGGCCAGGCGCUGUGAGGAUCCCACCUCCGAAGAUGAGGUGGUGUUGCGGCGUCCCCAUUUAAUGACCUAUGGGGAAAUGAAAAACAAUAGCCUGGAACGAUUUUUAAACUAUGAGAAUGUGGCCCGAGAUUCGUGGGGUAGUGGCGCCCAACAGUUGUCCCAACCGCAAAGAAAUAGUUUGGGAAAUCGCCGACCUCCUGGAGGCAACGGUUUUGAUGAUUUCUAUUCGGACUCGGAUUCUCUGUCCUAUAACUCCUUGAGCCGUUCUUCGUCGUUGAUACAAUUUGAGUCGCUGGAACGUCAGCUAAUGCUGCAGGAACAACAUGCCAGCAUGAAUAGUUUGGGUAACUCCUCCCCAUCCCUUUUGAGUUUUGAUAUGUCCACCACUAAUUCGGAGGAUCCCUCAAGGAAUUCCCUGAAUUCCUCCAAUAAUUCGGCCAACAACAGCCGGCGGGGAUCUCAGUCCUCGCUGCUGAAAAAAUACGAGUCGCUGGAUGGAAGACUGCAUCAGACCUAUUACGAUUUGGAUAAGCUAAAUUUCGAUGACAUGGAGACGGGAAAUGGAGGAGAGAACUUUGUGAGAUCUGGCCUAAAAUUGGCGGAAUUGAGAUCUGAUUCAGAGUCUUCGGGCUCCUCCUCCUCUUCCGAGGCUUCGGAUGGCGGAAGUUCACGUUGCCCCUCGGUACUGUCACCCAGGGAUUUAAUGGAGGGGGAAUUUUCGAAGAAGUUCCAGAGAUCCCAGAGUCGCAAGGGCAAGUCCUCCGCCGAGAAUCUUAGUGAGGAUUCAGGCUACUGUGAGCCCUUCGGGGGUGGAGGACUGCUAAGGCGCAGCAAGUCCCAAAGCCUCUGUAAAAAUUAUGAGAAAUUCUCCGAAGAAGAUGAAGAGCUAAUGGAACACAAGUCACUGCAGCAGGAGAGGGCAGAGAGGAAGGCGGGAGAGGCUGAAGCUGAAGAUGAGGCAGAGGCAGAAAAGGCCAAACAUUCCAUUGAAGAGUUUAAAAAUAAUACCUCACUCUAUCAAACACCCCCCACCUCCCCCCUGUUGGAUUACAUGCGCCAGCAGCAACGCAGUCUGGCCCACUCCCCCUCACCCGUCUCCUCCGAGGUGUCGACGGUGUCUUCGGCCUCAAGUAAGAACUCGGCAACAUCCUCAUCAUCAUCGCUGGGAGCCAAUUCAUGCUCAUCUUCAUCAUCGUCUUCCACUACGUCGUCGGCCACGACAUGCGCAUCUCGGGCCUCGUUCACAUGGCUAAUGCCUGCGCUGAGAACAACAACGCCGCCACCACCACCACCGCCAGCGCCAUCAGCGAGAGCUUCUGACUGCCCAGAAAAUACGCUCCGAAUUAGUUUCGACGAUCUGGGUGAAAGGAAAACAUCGAACGGGAAAGAUCAACUCAACGACGGUGUCGUGGAAAGUGGAAAAACAACAACAACAACAACACGAACAACAAGUGCGGUCACGACGAAGACGACGACAACCACGAUCUGCGGUGACAAAGAAAAUGAACACCCCAAGGAGGGGGGUAGCCUAGCUAGAACACAAACACCAAGUGAUGACGUCAAAGAAUUGAAAAUCGAAAAUUUCGAAUUGGAAAAACGGCAAAAUUGUGGUGUCUUGGAAACAAAUUUUGAUUUUGAAAAUAAUUUUGAAAAAAUUGAACAACUCUCGGAAGAGUUUCCGACAAAAUCCGUCAAAAAACAAUUGAGUUGUGAGAAAAAUUUUGAAAAUUUCCCUCGAAUUUUAAGUUCUCCGCCGCCAAAAAUUGAGGACGAAUUUUUACUGCGAAAAUUGCAGGAACAGGAAAAAUAUUUGGAAUUGAAUUCAGGCGGGUUUGAAGAGCCCGAAAAUCACACGAAAUCAAGUGAAGAAAAUUGGGAAAAUUCUGAAAAUCAGAGAUUAAGGAAAAUUUUGGAAAAUUCCAAUUCAUCGCUGCCGGAAAAAUAUUUGGAAAAUAAUUCUUCAAAUUCUGAAAUUUUGAAAUCAACUCUUCAAGAAAAAUAUUCGAAAUCAAGUGAAGAAAAUUCUGAAAAAAUUUUCAAAAACGAGUCACAAGAAACAACGCCCACAAAUUUUGAAAAUUCCAAAACUCCCUUACAAGGAAACAAUUUUGAAAAUUUCAAAAAUUUUUCAAAAUUAAAUUCAAAAAAUUUCGGAAAUUUCCAAAACGAAAAUUUUUCAAAAUCAAGUGAAAAGAAUUUGGAAAAAAAUUCAAAAUCCAGUUUACAAAAUUUUGAAAAUUUCCAAACCGAAAAUUUUUCAAAAUCAAGUGAAAAGAAUUUGGAAAAAAUUCUAAAAUCUGAAAAUUAUUCAAAUCUCCAUUCCCAAACGUGUGAGAAACUCAAAACCCCACCGCCCUGUUACACCUCCGAAUCGGAUUAUUCUCCAGCGGCGGAUCGAAGAAGUUUCCCCAACUUAAUGCAGAAUUGGCCGGAGCGGACGGCAAGUGUUCCAACGGAAUUGAAUAAAUUGGGUCGUAGGAAAAAAUUGAAAAAAAUUCGACAAAAAUUCCCCCCCAGCCAAAGAGACAGCAACUCCACGGAAAGUGAGGAAGCGGAAGGUGGAGAGGAAACGGCAACAAAUCUCAAAAGAAGUUCCAGCUGGUGUUUUGAGAGUUCUCCCCCGGCCCAGGACCAGGAAAAGCAACCCUUGGCCCGACUCCAUCGCUCCUACUACAACUUGACCCAACUGGAUUUGGGUGCGGAGAAAAUGGCCGAAAAACGUAUCUCCUCCGCCUCCGGCGGGGAUUAUGAAACAGAAUUGGUGUGCAAAAACAAUUUCCUUUUGGAUGAGCUGUCGGCCCACUAUGAUCGCACGGCCUCCAUACUCAAUGAUAGGCCCAUGAGUGGAGAGAGGGAGGUGGAAAUUCCCUCAAAACUAUCCGAUGUGGUGGAUUGUGGGCCGGCACCCAAACCACCGGCCCGCAGACGUAAAUCCUCCAAUUCCAGCCAUUCCGAAACGGAGAUAGAAGAUCCUUCGGAGGUGCAACAUGUCCAGCUGGUGAUACGUAAACCUCCGGCCCGGCAAAAACGCCAGCCAGCCCACAAUGAAGAGAAGGCCCAUAGCCUGACGCAAGAUUUCUCCUUUGCCUCUCUAAUGCAGACGGGCAAGACAUUUGAUCAGGAUCCCACCAUGCUAAAGACCAGCUAUGCCCAGAGUUUGGAGAAGUGCAAUUUCGAUUGCCGGGAGAUAAGCAAUCCAGAUUUGUCCCGGUCCCGAACCAUGCCAAAGCGCAGGUUUCAUAGCCAGGCAAAUGCCAGUAAAAAGAAGAAUUUAGUCUCCUCCACCCCCAACUUGAAUGCCUAUCAAAAAGAGGGAGAGGGCGAUCAGGAGUUUGAGGAUGAUUUGUUUGUGUGUUCGGCCACAAAUUCCAUGCAUCAGCUGAAUGUAAAUCAGGCACCCAAGCCCUUGGGAAUUCUGCUGCCAGCCGGUUCAAGAAGUUCCUUUGGCAAGGAGGUAAGUUUUUGCCCAGUUGUCUCCAAAUAUUCCUGGCAGGAACAAUCCUCAGAGGAAUGUCACGAUGAGGCCGAGGCAGAGGGCGAAUUACCCGCCUCCGAGGAAAGCGAUGAUGAGCUGUUGGAUAACUGCGAUGCUGUGGUCCUCAAAAAUACCAAAGAAAAUGAAAUUAUUGGCAGUUUUUAUAAGGAAUGUGAAGAGAAAUCCGGUAAAGAGCAAACGACACAAGAGAAAACCAUGCAAGAGAAAUAUAAGGCAGUGAUCAAAGAGCUGCCCACUUUGAUAAACAAAACAGGAGAAGAUCAAAAAGAGAUGUCAAAUGAAGAGCACAAGAGAAAUAAUGGGGGAAGAGAAAGACACACGGACAGUGAGUUAACUACGCACACUACUCAGGCAAAUGUAAACAACUCAAUGGAAGAGCAUAAGAGAAACCACACACACAGUGGGGAAGUGGGCGCUCUUCGGCAAACCAAACAACAGAGCAAAGACGAACAAAUGCAAUCGUCGUGUGAAGAGCAAAAGAGAAUUGAAUUAAAUUCUCUUCCCCCACAACAGCCAUUGGCUGUGGCUGUGGUAAAAACAAAACAAGAAACGAGCCAUUUGAGACCAUCCGGGGAACACAUGGCCGAUGGAACACAGCACGAAAACAAUGGAAUGGAACAGGGCGAUAAUUCAGUGGUCAUAACGACGGCAACGUUUAGUUUAACCACGAACGUAAACAAUGAAACAUUGAGCGCCAACAAAACGGAUAUUAAGCCAGAAUUACAAAACGAAAAAGUGCAAGACGCAGCAGAAACAGACAGUCAAGCAAAAACAAACCAAAUCAAUUGUGAAACGAAGACAAUUAAACCAACCAUUGUUAUUGCCCGGCCAAUUAGCAUACAAUUGCCGAUUUUAAGUGAACCACCCACCAAUCGGGCCCAUCACAUUUUGUACGCCUCCCAGCAGAUGUUGGAUAAGUUCCAGAGGCAACAGGAAAACGAAACUCGUCAAUAUUCCAAUAAAUCCCAGUCCGUGCAAAAUCUCAGCAGUAAAAUGUCAUCGGCGGCGAAAAGCAAUAAUGCCACCAUUUCCAGUUCUUCGUCCUCGACGACAAAGAUCAACAACAACAAUGAGAUCAUGAAAUCGAAAUUCAAGGCCGAUGAGAAACAUCCCAAUUCGAAGGGAUUUUUAUCGCGUUUUGCCAAUGGUUUUAGGUUUUCCAUGAGGAAGAACAAGAAAUCCAAAUUAAAUAAAGAGGAGCAACAACAACAACCGCAAAUGGAAAUUAAAAAAUCUAAUGCAGCCCCAGUGAAAAGUAGUAAUAAAAUCACCUCUUCGUCCUCCUCGAAAUCUGCUCAACCCGAUUACAUUUACAUACCCUUAAAGGGACCCUUGCCGGAAAAAUAUGAAACGGGCUUUUUUGAAUCUCAUCAACAACAAAAGGAACAAACAAAUGGCAACCCUACGACAACAAAUGGCAAUGCCGUAACAACAAAUGGCAGCAAUGGCAAAUUGGCAACUGUUGCCAAAAAGGGCACCAAGACGAGCAGCAAAUCUGAAAAGGUUACCGGCAAACCGCCCUUACCACCCCAACAACAGCAGCAACAACAACAACAGGCCACACAAAAAUCCCAAAGCGCAAACUCCAACACGCCAGCGGUGAUGGGUUCAAGCCGUUUCUACACCCAGGAAUUACAGCAAACAGCUGAUACGGCCACCACACCACCCUUUGCCGCCGCCAUGGCCCCCCUCAAUCCUCGUGGCAGUACCGAAGAUUUUCUCAAUGCCGAGCGUGGAGCUCUAUCACGGCAACGCCAUCAGUCCUUUGGCAACAAUGAACAGCAGCACAACAUGAACUAUCAUGAUUUGGAUGGAUCAUCGCCCUCACGUGCAACGGUCUCGCAAAAAACGGAAAUGUUUAAUAAUUUAUCGCGCAACGCCGCUUCGGGGGCUGCGGAGCCCAAAAUCGGUCUAAUCGAAACCAAUUUGGAUACGCAUGAAACGGUGAUAACGGGUAAAACGCGUUCCCUCAUGAAUAUUGGACCCAAUUCAUCCUCCUCGUCGGGUCACAAUAAACGUCACACCUUGGGUGGUGGACACCACCAUGUCCAUGGAGGUGGAGCCGGCGACGACGAUGAUGAUGAUUAUGAUGACAACGACGAGGUUGUUGUCCGUCCCGAUGGCACUGUUGUUGUAAUUAAAAAUGCCGGCACAACGACCACCACGUCCGGUGGCCAGGCAGCCCAAAUAGCAUCGGUGCGACGUCCUCACAAGUCAAUGGAAUUUCUAUUGGAUAAAGAGAAUCAAAAGGAUGUAAUGCCCCCCGAAAAUGAGCUUCAAAAAUCCCACGAUCACAAUCCGGCCGCCUUAAGUGAACAUCAGCUACGCAUACAGGCCUCGCUGCAACGUCUCAACAUACCCGACUGGUUUAGGCAAUACAAUCAAAAAUCACCCGAUGGCACCGGUCCCGGCACCUACAAACCUGGCAAUUUCACCCGCAAACGUACCCAAGAUUCUGGACGUUGGGCCGGUCUUAACUCAAAGACCACGUCACUCAGUUCGUUGGGUUCCCAGCGUUCCGAUCGUAGUCCUUUGCUGUUAAGUCCCUCGGCGCACAGUCAUCAUGGCGGUCAGACGGCUGGCGGUCAUGGUCACGGUACGGUGGGUGGUGGACAUGCUGGUGUUGUUGGCCAUGGCGGCGCCGGCGGCGGUGGUGGAGCAUUUUCACGUUGGUCCACAUCACAUUUGAACUCCUCGCAGACCUCACCCAGCGUUUCGCAGCGUGGCUCAUUUUCCCGUGGCGGACCCAUCAAUUCGAGCUUUAUAUCGGUAAACAGUGGCCACAGUGUGAUAAGGAAUUCAAUGCGCCAGCCCUAUUUGGGUUGGCGUAGCCAAGAGAAGCUGUCACAGAGAACGGCCCAUGAGAGAUUGGCCUCCUCCCUUUUGUCGCAGCAGCAACGCACAUCGCCCACAAGCCAAACCACACCCACAGCGGCCAGCCGCAAACUGCAGCCUGUCACCCCGGAGAUCCAGUCCUCCAUCAAGGAGGUCACUUCGGCCAUUGUACAUUAUGUAAACGAUCAAACAAAUCAACAGCGCAGUAGAUCGACGAGUCCAAAUUCGAGCUAUUUAUAAAUCCACCUCCUCCCCACCCAAAGAAAAAAAAAUUGGAAAAUCAGUUUUGUUUUCGAAUUCGUUUCGAUUUUGAGUUUUUUUUACAUUUCCGAUCAUGCACCAACCAGACACCAACUUUAGUUUAGUUUUUGCUUUCGGCAUCACCUCAAAACCUGUUGAUUUGAUUUUCUCUACUCUCCACCCCUCCCGCCAUGGACAUGGAUGGAUGGAUGGAUGUUGCAGAAACCCCCACACCAUAAUUGGGGAUCGUCACAUCCGUUUGUCUUCACACCCAAGGUUUUUUACAUUGUACAUAUGAGCCGUAUGAUUUUCUCUCACCAACCAACCAAUCAAUCCACCACUACCCACGCACAAACACAUGCACAUAACAAUUUUUCAUUUUCAUUACAA